UUUAAUCAAAAUAUGAGGCUUGGAUUUGUUUGUAUUCAUACAAAGCUUAUUGAUAUUAUUUUAAAUUGAAAAUAAAAAAAAACUUCAAAAAGCAACGUUGCGUCAUUAUGUCAACUUCCGAAAAAUUACACGUCAUAGAUAGAAAAACAUUUGAUGAUAUAAAGCAACAACAACAAAAAGGAGGAAGCGAGGAUCCUUUCCAGAAAAUUAAAAAUGCAAAGUUUCGAAAAAAGAGUACCCUUAAAGAUGGUGGUGCAACAUUUAAUUUAUUGCACUUUCUCACCAAAACUUCUAAACAGAAGAAACAAGUAAAUAAUGUAAAUCGUAACAUUGCCUGCAAGUUUAGAUCCCGAGCAAACAACAGUUGGAAAAAAAGAGGAAAGACCAAAGAAGGUGGAAAACGUAAGAAAUAUACAAAAUUGAAAAAAGCUAUUCUUCGCUAUAGGCAGCAGAAGAAACGACCUCAGUCAAAAUAUGAAGAAACCUCUACACUUACUCAACAAGCAGGAAAACUUUCUGAAAACGAACAUAAUGAAAUAUCUGAAUCUAAACAAGAAACUGUCAAAAAUAUUCAUUCUAGACGUUUUAGAAGUUAUUGUGACAAUUGUACCACACCUAUUUUAGCACAACUUACGGAGCAACUGCUUCGCGAAUUGGAUCGGUUUCAAAAGCGGGCCUUAACUCUAAAUGCAAUAAAAGCUCAUGCUCACAGACGUUUCGUGGUAGGAUUUCGCGAAGCUAAAAACUUUUUACUUAUAAACAAAGUGAAAUUGAUCAUAAUUGCCACGGACUGCGAAAAGUCUGGAGAAGAAGACGGCUUAGACACAGCAAUUCAUAAUAUGAAAAAACAGUGCCAGCAACUAAAUAUUCCGUAUCUUUUUGCAUUGCGUCGGCGGCAAUUAGCAUACGCUUUAUUUAAAAAGGCACCUAUCGGUUGUGUAGCGGUACUUGAUUACGAUGGGGCACGUGAAAUAUUUUUGAAUUUAUUAGAAAAUUUGGAAAAAGCAAAAAAAUCAUACGAGGAACUUUCGACUGUUCAAGUGCUACUUUCUGAGUUAAAAAUCAAUAGUGACUAAUGUUUUCGUUGAUUUAAUAGCUUUCACUAAUUAAUAAGAAACAUUUUUACUCGCUAAUAAAAUAAGAUUACCAAUUUAUUUGUAUGAAUUGAAUAAGUAUAAUUUUUAUCCAUUUACCACAAUCCACUAAAUUAAUAAUAAAAGGUCCACCCAAUUAAUUCAAUAGAUGAUGCGAAAAUGGAAUAAACAAAACAGUUGAAUUUCUAUUCGGUUUAAAAUGUAAUAUUAAUAAUGAAUUUAUGGUAUAAGUUAUUUUCGAAAAGUUAUAACAUAUUAAAUAUUAAGAGGAUUUGACAUUCCAGGUCGGACUGUUAUUUAGUUUCUUUUACGACGUUCCUCACGUUUACGUUCCUC